AUGCAUUCUAUUGAGAAACAGGUGAUGUAGAUGAACAGGCGUAGCAUGCUUCAAAUGGUCACAGGACCAAGGACACUGGAAUUGCGAUCUGCGUAGGACGAGGGCCUGUUUCUGUCUACAACAACAUUGUGAUAGACAUUUUGAUAUCCAAAUGAUGUAGAUUUUGCAAUGAUUGUGUAUGGCAGAGCUUGAGCGGGAACCGACAUAGUCGAUCUACUUUUGGGUGAAGCUUUCACACUUCCACACUGUCCCCCACAGCUGGCUGCAACAUGGGGAAAAUGAAGGUUGCAAUGGUUUGUGCCUCAAAUCAGAACAGAUCCAUGGAGGCACAUGCACUCCUCAAAAAGCAUGGCUUCCAGGUUAGUUCCUAUGGCACAAAUGGGCACGUCAAGCUCCCUGGCACCAGCCAGAGAGAACCCAAUGUGUACGACUUUGGCACUCCAUAUGCGGACAUCUAUGAGGACCUGCGGCAGAAGGAUGAGAACUUCUACUCACGGAAAGGCCUCCUGCAGAUGCUGCAGCGCAACAUGGGAGUCAAACGAGCCCCUGAGCGGUGGCAGGACAACAGGGAUGUCUUUGAUGCCGUGGUCACGUUUGAUGAGCGUAUCAUGGAGCAGCUCCUAGAUGAUUUCAACAGCAGGCCUCAGUCGACCAUGAAGCCCCUUCUGGUCAUCAACAUCAAUGUUGAGGACAACCAUGAAGAAGCUGCACGCGUGGCGCCGCAGACUCUCAGGCUGUGCCAGCUGCUUGAGGCCAAGGAGGAUUGGGAAGAUGGGAUUGACGAUGUCAUCCAGCAGUUCGAGGAGGAGACAGGCAGACGGCCAAUCUACACAGUAUGCUUCUACUGAUGCACAAGAUCCUCUAAAGGCAGCAGAAGGCAGCAGCUGAUUUAGGUUCAAGAUUUUGUCCUGGGUCUCAUUAGGUACAGAUCAAUAGAGAAGACGCGCCACAUAUGGCACUUCGCUAGGGACUAGUACAGGAAGUCCCCUUAGCCGGCCAGCGAGUGCAGCUGGUUUUUUCCCCUGAUAAAUGCAUGCGUGCUCUUGCAAAUGUCCUUUGCUUCAUUAUAAGCUAUACAUAUACAUAGGUAUGGAGAGACGCUAGAGCUGAUUUUGAGCCUCUGUCACUAAUGGCACCCUGGCACUUUCACACACCAGUGAUGAUAGCACCUUGAAUGCCGUCAUCAUGAUGCUUGUGAUGUCAUGAUGUUAGUGACACCAUGCGCAUGCACAUGGUCACGAGGGUGACCGGUGCGUGCAUUGAUGCUUCCUAGGUGCCUGUAAGUUUGUGCUUUCUACUUC